AGGAGAAAUACAAGCGCGUCAAUCAAACAAAAAAUGACAGUGGCGGCGCCAGCGUCCCAUUCAAUGAUGGCAAACUUUUGACACUAGAGGCUACCGUGAAAUGCUUCAGUGACCCAUUGCACAAAGUUGAAACUUGUAUAGGAUGUAUUCGACGUGAGGUAAAUAUUAUGUUGUUAUCGAUAUGAAGGUCUCUGGCCACUAUCUAAUAUAUCCCAUUCAGCGAAGGCGCUCCCAACGGAAAAAGGAAAAUAAGCAGAAACGGGACGUCCCGGAUAGUCUACCACCGUCACCAACGUCCUCUUCUGGAAAAGACGCCGCUACGGUAGAUGAUAACAAUGUGUCGCCUUUGGAAAAAUGCCGAGUCCUUUUGUUCAACUGUACCGAGAUUAUGGACUUCAGUUCUGGAGAUUGUAUUCUUCCUACUCGGAUAACAUGCUAUUGUCGCCAUCAUAAUGAGAAGGUGGGAUUUUGGUAAGUGACAUCCUGGGCCUCUUAUCUGCUUCACGUUUUUCUUUUUUGGGGGGGAGGAGCAUUUUUUUAUUUCUGGUAACAAACAUUGUAAUCUAAACCUAACCUCCCCCCAGCAUUCAUUUCACUAUGCGCAACAGCCGGAAUCAAAUCGUAGCUCAAGGUGUCUCUCCUGCCAUCAUGAUAAC